AUGUUGAAAAUUUUCAGAACAACCAACAAUGAAACUAUCGAUUUUUCCGUAUUUGGUCCAAAAGGAGAUUCUGGAAAACAUGAAAAUUUCGAAUCUAUUUUUGUUGUGUUUGUCUCCAAAAAUAUUAAGAAGUUGAUCAAAUCGUCUCAAAUUACAAGAUUCAACAGCAUCAGUCAUAUUGUGUAUGACGCUCCUGAGCGUCCUGUGACCGAUAGCUGGUCGGUUUAUAUUCCCUUCAUGCCCAAGUCGGACAAUAUCAUGGAAUUUACUGAGCGCCGCGAGGAGACAGAGGAUGAUUAUUUUCAAUUGAACGUAGCUGGAAAAAUAAUGGAUUUUCGGUUGUCAAACCAAUACCAAUAUCCUGAAGCAUAUUUCCACCCGAGUGAAAAAGAAUCUGCUAUCGAAUCUAUUCAUAACUACUUUCUCGAUUUCUUCGGUGAGACUGUAGAAUAUCAGUAUGUGGAACAUUACAAGGAAUUCAUUCCACAUCUUCCGAAAUUAUCAUUGUGUCUUUCCUUUUGGCCUGGUAACUUGGGAAGAAUUAUAAACAUUCAACCUAUUGAAGAAUAUCUCGCCUCGUCUCCUGCUUUGAAACAGAUAUGUAUGAGUUUGCAAUCACAACAACUGUUCCGUCCGGAGUCCAAAUUCUAUCAGGCAGAAUCCAUCUCCCUCACACUAUACACCAGAACCGCUCAUGAUUUUUUACGUCAUUUUCAAGGAAGACAGGCAUUUUUGAGAUGCGAUGAAUAUGACGUUUCAAGUUUUAUAGGGUUUAUGAAUAGAUGGAAAUCCGGACAAGAAUGUGGGAAGUUGGAAUACUUGAAAAUUAAAUUAAUGCGAAAUCGCGGCGUUCAAAACCAAAUUCUGAAUGCAAAUGGAGUAAAAUAUAUUGAUGAAUCAAGAACACCACCCACUCACACAUUACCCGUAGUGUGA